AUGGAAAAAGAAAUUCAAACUUUAAGGUUAACAGAACAUAUCACAUUUAGGAAGACAAAAGAGAGAGUAUUGAAUCAAUAUGUUAGACCAGGAAUAUCCUUUUCCAGUGUUGCUGCCAAUAGAAAACCAGUGACGACCCGUACUUGUGCCUCUGUGGAGGCAGUGCCAAUUGUUGCUGGCGCUCCUUCCUCUUCGAAGGCUGCACCAGUAAUUUCUGGUGCUCCUGCCUCUCCGGAGGCUGCGCCAGUGAUUUCUGGUGCUCCUGCCUAUUCGGAGGACGUGCCAGUGAUUUCUGGUGUCCCUGCCUCUUUGGAGGUGGUGCCAGUUGAUUCUGGCACUCCCGCCUCUUUGGAGGCAGUGCCAGUGGUUUCUGGCACUCUUGCUUCUAUGGAAGCAGAACCAGUGAUUUCUGGUAAUCCUGCCUCGGUGGAGGCUGUGUCGUGUGUACCUGGCACUCCUGCCUCUCUGGAGGCUGUACCAGCUGUAAAUGCUUUGGAGGAUGCACCAAUGUCCAAUCCUCACACCCCUCCUCAGGCGACACCAGAUUUGUCUGAUGUUCCUGAGACUGGUAACCCUCUAAAAAGGAAGGCAGCAUUAAACAAUUGGUCUCCUUCCAGAAAAAAAGAGCAAGGCUGUAAGCUGAAAGCUCUUAAAAGAGUUCUAAUCUAA